AUGAAGUAGCUCAGAUAACAACUCUGGAAACUGAAAGGGUGGAGACUGGGACUAAAUAGUGUUAGGGGAAAGACUCUGUCAUAUAUUCAGUUUGUUCUAAGUUAUAUUCCCCUCAGUUAUAAAAAAAUAAAAUAAAAUACACAGGGUGUCAAUAAUAUUGAAUUCUAAUAUUUCGAAGAAGACAUGAAAAGGGGGGCAUACCAAUAUUUGUUCUUGUUUGUCACAAGUUUAUCGGUGUUCCCUGUAACUCCUUUGGAAGAAGAGCUCUCAAAUUCUCUCUUUGAUAAUUUUUUGGAACCAAUAAAGGGCUUGUUUAACAAGAAGGAUGGAAGCAGUGCCUAUGCAAAGUUCUCCCUGCGGAAGCCUUCUGAUCCAGAUGAGGAUGUUUGCUAUAUUGUGCCUGGAAGUCCAGAGUCCCUCAGUGACUGCCAGUUCAACACCACCUCUAAGACCUUUCUGGUGAUCCAUGGAUGGACGGUGAGCGGAAUGUUUGAGAGCUGGGUCGCCAAGCUUGUGGCUGCACUGUACGAGAGAGAACACAGCGCCAAUGUCAUCGUAGUGGACUGGCUCAACACAGCACAGAAUCAUUAUAUUGUGGCUGCUCAAAACACCAAGAUGGUGGGACAUGAUGUUGCACACUUUAUUGACUGGAUACAGGAGACCACAAAUGUCACUCUUGAGAAUCUUCACCUCAUUGGCUACAGUCUGGGGGCCCAUGUAGCUGGGUUUGCUGGAAGUCAUGCUUCCAACAAAGUUGGGAGAAUAACUGGCCUGGAUCCUGCUGGACCUGACUUUGAAGGGGCUCACGCUCAUCACCGCCUCUCCCCGGAUGAUGCCCAUUUCGUGGACGUGCUCCACACCUUCACCCGCGGCUCCCUGGGCCUUAGCAUCGGUAUCCAGCAGCCAGUGGGACACGUGGAUAUUUACCCAAAUGGAGGCAGUUUCCAGCCUGGCUGCAACCUACGUGGAGCUCUGGAGAAAAUAGCUAAUUUUGGGAUUCUGGCCAUGACCGAUGCAAUAAAGUGUGAGCAUGAGAGAUCCAUCCAUCUGUUCAUUGAUUCACUGCUGAACGAGCAGGAGGCGAGCCAGGCAUACAGCUGCGGGAGCAGUGACAUGUUCGACCGUGGUGUCUGCCUGAGCUGCAAGAAGAACCGCUGCAGCACUGUGGGAUAUGAUGUCAGCAGGGUUCGCAAGGCUCGCAGUGCCAAGAUGUUCACCAAAACCCGAGCCACCAUGCCCUUCCGAGUAUACCACUACCAGCUGAAGAUGCACUUCUCCAGUAAGGUGAACCAGUCUGAGAUGGAGCCGUCACUGACAGUGUCUCUUUAUGGAACUAAAGGAGAUGCUGAGGACCUUCAGCUGAACAUAAAAGAGAAGAUUUCAACCAACAAGACCCUUUCCUUCCUUCUGGUCACUGAGAAGGACAUUGGAGAACUUCUGAUGAUCAAAUUUAAGUGGGAGGAGUCCAGUAGCUGGUCCACCUCCUCUCUGCUAAACAUGGUGUCCUCUUGGUGGUCCAGUGACUCUAGCGCCAACUCUGACGUGGAGGUCCACAAGAUCCGUGUUAAAGUUGGGGAGACACAGAAGAAGACCGUCUUUUGUAUCAAAAGUCCUCAAGCACUCAAUUUGGCACAGGAAGUCACCUUUGUGAAGUGCAUGGACGAGUGGAAGAGCCCCUCAAAAAGGCAUGUCCCGAAGAAACACUGAGUUUGAGACUAAAGAUCUGCUGUGGACCAACUGUCACCUCUCUCUGAAAAAGCACUUGGAAAAUUAUCUUGCCAGCUGUAAUGAAUGUUUUGAAUGCAAUAUCUCAACUAAAAGGCAAAGUACACACUGUUAUGUAUAUAAUGUAAAGCAAUAUUUUGAAUAUGUAAAUAUGUAAAUAAUAUGUUUAUAAGCACUGCUUUUUGAGCCAUACUCUACUCAGAUUCAGCUCAUUGUUAUGCAGCUGGUAACCCAAAGAGUCUUUUACACAAAGUCAAUGGUGUUUAUUGAAGUUGUAGAACAUUGUUACAUUAAGGUUUUGUUUAGGAAACUAUGGGACAGGGUGCCCUAGAGCCCUAGAUGCAAUAUGAUACUUUGGACUAUUUAUUCAAAAUAGUGACAUGCAGUAUUUAGUGUCAGUGGGACCGUGAGCUGAAUAACUUUCUGCAUUAUGCAGUGACACGUGUAUGUGUGUAUACCUACACAUUACACGGCUGUGACAAGGACAGCAGACCUCAUUUAACAGAGCCAGAAAGUGGUAGAAACUGAUUCGGCCUUUGUUGGAUCAGGGCUAAACUGCUGUCCCUUCCCUUUUCCUGGCUUUGUGUGUGUAGUGAACUGAAAGAGCAUUCACCGUUGUCUGCCUCACUUUUGUGGGUUAAGGUUCUGACAGAGUGUGCCUUAAAAUGUCUGGCAGCAGUAUAGAUGUGAGCUGCAAUCAGUACUUAAGCCGUCUUAACUGAUGUUUAAAUUGCUGCUGUUUCGAUGAUCAUUUCUAUUGUACAUUUUGACAUGUCAUUUUUUAGAAUAAUCCGAUAUGUGAAUUGAAAGGCAUUUAAAACGUAAAGUCUAGACAUAUCUGAAGUUUAUUUAUUCAAGCACUUGAGUUAAAAUGAACGCUCUUUAUUUUUAUAUGACUUAGUUAUAUAAAAUACAUUUCGUUAAGGUCAAUGUAUAUUACUUCUGUGUAAAAAGAGUGAAAAUGGUAGCCUUAAUGCUAUUGCUGAUGAUGAGGACAUUGCAGUCUUUAUUGCAACUCCAACUAAAAGUACAUCUGAAUGUACCUAAAUGGAUGAAAUGGCAGAUUUUCAUGAAUGUUUCAGAAAAGAAGCAAUGAAUGGCCAAGAUUUUUCUCUUUUGUGUAUCCCCCAAUAUGAACCUUUUUUUGUUGCCAGGCAGAAAUAUAAUUCCACUGUGAUGACUGACAAACAUCAACCCCAAAAAUGACAACUUUCCUGUUUGCUGUAGCCCCGUACGUUAAUUUGUAUUCACACUUCCUUCCACUUUGGAUUGGUUGCUAUAUUUUACUAGUUUUUACUUUACUUUUAGUUGGAAAUGAAUAAUGUAUUGGAAAUAUUGUGAAAAGAAAGGUAUAUUAUAAGGCGGCCUAAUAGGUCACAUUGCUUAUAUACAUUGUAUCUAUUGGUAGAAAAGUUACCAACUUUCACAAGAAUUGUGCAUGUGAACUUGGAUUAUGAUCACUCGUAAACUCUCUAAACAGAGUUUGAGAAAUAAAUAAAAGCUGUGAGGUUCAUAUAUGAUGUGGAAGCCUUGUUUUUCAGGAAUCACUUGAAAGAAGUGGAAGCUCAGUGCCUCAAUUAGUCCUUGUAUGUAAAUGUUAUAUAAAACAGUACUGUAAUGUUUCUUUGUCAUAUCAGUUCCUAUCAUCUCCAUUCAACUUGUAGAAGAUGGUAAAAAUGCAAGUGUUGUAUUAUGCGUUGUUAUGUUUUUGUACUGGGCAAAAAUGUCACAAAGAACCAGUUAUUCAGUUGCAAGAUAUGUGUUAAUACCAUGUAUUGACAAUGAUGUAAAACCUAAUGGUACAUAUUGUUUAUAUAUUCUUGGUGGGAUGGACUUAAUCUAAAAAAAGCAAUAGACAUAGUUUAAUGGUCAUGUAUAUAAUUGUAAAUAUGUACAUGUAUUUUAAUAAAAAUCUUUGAAUCCAA